CGCGUGAUUAUUAGAGAGGACCCUCAGACUGCUUCGGUGUACAUUGCCGAGUACAUCGUCAGCCGCAUCAAGGAAUUCAACCCAACAGAGACUCAGCCAUUCGUGCUCGGUCUUCCUACAGGAAGCAGCCCGGAGAUCAUCUACAAGAUUCUAGUUCAGCGUCAUCGCGCAGGCGAGAUCUCUUUCAGAAAUGUCGUGACCUUCAACAUGGAUGAAUAUGUUGGCCUCCCACGCGAUCACCCCGAGUCCUAUCACAGCUUCAUGUACAAGCACUUCUUCUCGCAUGUCGACAUCCUCCCUCAGAACAUCAACAUCCUUGACGGCAAUGCACCAGACCCUGCUGCCGAAUGCGCCGCGUUCGAUGCGCGCAUUGCGCGCUACGGAGGUAUCGAGCUUUUCUUGGGUGGAGUUGGCCCCGAUGGUCACAUUGCUUUCAAUGAGCCUGGUUCCUCGCUGAGCAGUCGCACUCGCGUGAAGACCUUGGCCUACGACACUAUCCUAGCAAACUCGCGCUUCUUCGACAACGACGUGAGCAGGGUGCCACGCAUGGCCAUGACCGUUGGUAUUCAAACCAUCAUGGAUGCGCGUGAGGUUGUCAUUGUCGCAACCGGAGCUCACAAAGCAUUUGCCAUCCAAAAGGGUCUUGAAGAUGGUAUUAACCACAUGUGGACUCUUUCCGCAUUGCAACUGCACCCUCACCCACUGAUUGUUUGUGAUCGCGACGCUACCCUCGAGCUCAAGGUUAAGACCGUGCGUUAUUUCGAGUCUAUCGAACAGGCUGGUACCGAUGCUCGUACCCAGGGUCCCCCUUUGGUUUACCGUCCACGUACCUACGUGCCUGCCCCAGUGCCGGUUAAGAAAAGUCCUCAGCGCCAACAACCAACUCCUGAUACCACACCGCAGAAGGUGCCUAUGGACCUGCGCAUAAAUACAGAGCUUACAAGGGCCAUGGAGGAUGAGGAGUUGACUCCUGACAGCAUGUCUUCGCGUAUGGUUGACUCAGCCAUCGGCGGACUUGAUGGAGCUCUGAAGAACGACCUUGUCUUCGAUCGUAUGGGUGCGCGACUGGCUGGGACUGCUCUGUGA